AUGCUAAAACAACUUAUCGAAGAAUUAUUAACUGAUAAUCCCAGUAGAAGCUUGGAAGAAAUAAAUAAAAGCGCAAGUAGUUUUUUACAAUUCUCUGAAAGGAUUGAUCAUGCUGAAACUAAAAAUGAAGAAGCAUCUCGAGGUCUCAUUUUCAGUUAUUUUAAUUUUAGGAAAGCUGUAUUUAAACGAUACAAGGAAUUAAAACCUGAGUUUAGCAAGGAUAAAUCUGAAGCGAUAGUUAAAAAGGAGGUUAAGGUGGUGAUUCCAGAGACAAAAUGCUCUAAUGAAGCUUUGCAAAAAAAGAUAGAGAAAUCCGAAAAGGUUUAUAAACUUUUUAAUACCAUAGGUAAAGAAAAAAUAGCUAGGAUUAGAUCUAUUCCCCCAUCAUUCAUCUUAAAUCUAACUGCAAAUGAAAUCAAAUAUGUAAUGGCUGAAAUUUUAACGCAUAAGAUUUGA